AUGUCAGAUACUGCCUCCAACGAAAAGCCCAAGCAACUCUACCAGACAUGGUUAGAUAGAUUCUGCUUCGUUACUCGACGAGAAGACCCAACAACCCAUUCUACUUGGCAAAAGCACGCAAUAGUCGCCAUAACCACUCUAUCUGCAUUCACAGCACCAUUUGCCUCCUGCAUUCUCUUCCCAUCUUUCACAACUCUUGUCGACUACUUUCACACCACCGAAACAAAAGUCGCACUUACUACAACUGUCUUUCUUCUUGGCUUGGCCAUUGCUCCGUUGUGGUGGAGUACCCUGAGCCAGCAGUAUGGCCGUCGACCGGUCCUAGUCUCAAGCUUCCUUAUCUCGACAGUCGCAGUGAUUGUCUGCGCGGUCUCCAACUCGCUACCUCUCAUCAUCGUCUUUCGACUUAUCGAAGCAAUGGGCUGCUCUUCUGCUCAAAGUGUUGGUGCCGGUGUCAUAAGCGACAUCUACAUCUCGACCGAACGUGGAUCAGCUUUGGGCUGGUUUUACUUGGGAACACUUAUUGGACCCCUGGUUGCACCCAUCAUUGGUGGCGCUUUGCAAGUCUGGCUUGGGUGGCGCGCAAACUUGUACUUCAUGGCCAUUUUCACCUUCAUCGCAGCCAUGCUCACUCUGUUGGUUCUGCCUGAGACACUUGUCAAAUCGUCUACUGAGCAGCCUAAACCGUGGUACCAAGUCCUCAAACGCGAUGCGCUCGCCCCGCUCCCUAAACUGAAGUUUUUGAUCGUCCCUUCCAUUGCUCUUACUAUUGCCUAUGUGAGCAUAUGCUUUGCAAGCCUCUACUGCUUCAACACGACACUUCCGUACGCUUACGCCGCUGCACCUUACAACUUCUCAGCCAUCGAAAUUGGUCUUUGCUAUAUCAGCAAUUGUCUCGGAUACGCCAUCGGAAGUGUCGUCGGAGGGAAAUUGAGUGAUGCCAAGUUGCGUCAGUACCAGACGACUCAUGAUGGUGCCAUCCACCCCAUCGAGAGGAUCAAGACAGUUUGGUACGGCGUUGGCUUUAUCCCGGUUGGAUUGAUCAUUUACGGAUGGUUGAUUGAGAAAAAGGUAUUUUGGAUUGCUCCUCUUGUUGGAGCUUUCUUGUUCGGCCUUGGUCUCAUGCUUGUUACGUCAACUGUUAUGCCUUUCCUUGUUGAUAUCAAGCCCGGGGUCGGUGCUUCAGUCGUCGCUGAUCUCAACUUGGUUCGUAACCUUCUUGCUGCGAUUGGCACUGUAGUGUCUCCGAUUGCUACCGCAAGUAUUGGCUUUGGUUGGUGGAUGUCCAUCUUGGCUUUGAUCUGCUCUCUGGCAGUUGGCUGCAUUGUCAUCGUCGUGUGGAGAGAAGGAGCAGAGCAGGACCCUAAUGAUGGGACGGUCGUGUGA